AGUCUCACGAGAAACGUCGAUCGAUCCAAAAACACCGCGAACGCAUCUAAAAACCUAGUGUCCGAAUUCAGGCUCACAGAAACCAAAGCAAUUGAAGUGCAGACAAAAUUAUGGAAGUUAAUGUGGGAUGGCCAAAGUUGCUCAAGAUGAGCGCCCAGUUGGUGGGACACAAGUAUCAGCAGUACCGCCUGUCCACAGGUCACACUGUGAUUUUGGACACCAAGUACGGACAGGUUCGAGGACUUCUAAGGAAGACGGUCUAUGAUAAGGAACUUUACUUCGCCUUUGAGGGCAUUCCAUAUGCCAAGCCGCCGGUGGGAGACCUCAGAUUCAAGGCACCUCAGCCACCGGAACCCUGGCAAGGAGUACUCAAUUGUACCACCAAUCGGUCCAAGCCCCUGCAGAGAAAUAUGCUUUUGGGGAUCGUAGAAGGCAGCGAGGAUUGUCUGCACUUAAAUGUGUAUGCGAAAACUCUGAAGUCUGAGAAACCCCUACCCGUGAUCGUGUGGAUUUACGGAGGGGGUUUCCAGAAGGGCGAGGCCUCCAGGGAUGUUUACAGCCCCGAUUACUUCAUGAAGCAGCCGGUGGUGCUCGUCUCCAUCAACUACAGGUUGGCAGCACUGGGUUUUCUCAGCCUCAAGGAUCCGAAGUUAGAUGUACCUGGAAAUGCGGGGCUGAAAGACCAGGUAAUGGCACUGCGCUGGAUCAGCCAAAAUAUCGCUUACUUCAACGGCGACCCCAACAAUAUUACUGUAAUGGGGGAAAGUGCAGGUUCGGCUUCCGUUCACAUGAUGAUGACCACGGAGCAAACACGUGGUCUGUUCCAUAAGGCCAUCAUGCAAUCCGGAUGUGCUCUUUGCGAAUGGGCGGAAAGUCCGGAUCACAAUUGGGCUUUUCGUCUGGCUCAGAAUUUGGGCUAUAAAGGCCCCGAUAAUGAUGCAGAUAUAUUAAGUUUUCUCGGCAAGACUUCCGCUCGUAAGAUAGCGGCCAUUGACCAGGACGUGAUCACCCAGGAUGAAAUUCGGAGUUUCCUACUGUACGCCUUUGGUCCGGUGGUGGAGCCCUAUGAGACCGACCACUGUGUGGUACCCAAAAGACACAGGGAGCUGUUGUCCAAAGCCUGGGGCAACGAUAUACCCGUUAUUAUGGGAGGAAAUUCCUUUGAGGGCUUGUUUUCCUACCAAGUGCUAAGAAAUGAUCCUUGGGGCCUGAAGAACUUCCACAACAUUCUGCCGAGGGAGGUGAGAGAAGCCAGCUGUCUGGAGGAACAGGACCUACUUGUUCGGCGUAUGAAAAAGCUCUACUUUAAGGACGAAAUGCGGGAUUCAAUGAAGGUGUUUGAGGCCCUAAACAUAUUUUCCCAUCGCCAGAUUUGGCACGACAUGCAUCGCUUGGUUCUCGCCCGUCAAAAGUAUUCUCCCAAAUCGACCACCUAUCUAUACCGAUUCGACUUCGACUCCCCGCACUUUAAUCAAUUCCGGCGAUUGGUUUGCGGAGAUCGCAUUCGCGGAGUGGCCCAUGCCGAUGAAUUGUCGUAUCUCUUUUACAACAUCAUAGCCACAAAGUUGGAGAAAACAUCGAUGGAGUACCAAACCAUAGAGAGAAUGGUGGGCAUGUGGACAUCGUUUGCCUCCAGUGGGAAUCCUAACUGUCCGGAACUGGGAACUGCCAAGUGGGACCCCGUUCAGCUGAUAGACAAUGGCGUAGAAAAGUGCUUCAACAUCAGCUAUGAACUGGAUAUGCGAGAACUGCCCGAGGCGGAGUCCUUGGCAGUGUGGGAUUUAUUCUAUCCCAGGGAAGACCUUUUCUAGUUCUGAAAUCUUAAUAUAAUAUCUGUUUUCACUUUAGAGGUCAUAAAUGUUAAAAGUAUUUUUGUUGAAAAAAACGGUUUUAUAGUGAAAUCGUGUUAAACAAACUUUCUGUGAAGUAAAAAUCAGAACAAGUCUACUAAUCGUGUGAAUUGUCCAGUUUCCUUAGCAUAGCGUUAAUAUUGUACAAUUUUGAAAAACUUUUGUAUAUCUUGUUGAGAUUACAAAUUUUAUUACGGCCAUUAAUUUUAUAAUAUAAGAGUUCUACUUUUUUUGCAUUUUUGUAAUAUGUUUUUAAAUUCACAAAAUAAAUACAAAAAAAAACUUUAAUGAAACAAGAAAAAGGUCAGAUACCCGUUACUCAGCUAAGUGUUCUGUGAGCCCUCAUGGAGUACGGGGGGAUAGAGAUAUACAAGUAGUAGAAUUGAAUAAUUUUUGGCAUGUACUUGGGCAUUAAUAAUUACAACAAAAUCUCAUUUAAAUUUUUUAAGAAUGGGCGCGCACUCUGCUGAAGCUCCAUGCUUAAUCUUAACAUUCUAGCUUACAGUUUUCUAGAUCUCAACGU